GGCCAUGAUUGAGAGACUUCAACUACACCUCCUCUCCCUCUCCCUCUCUUGGCCCUCGGGGUUCUCCGCCAUCGCUUCUGGUUCCUCUUUCUCUUCACCGUCGCUCUUGCCAAGGUUCUCCCUGUCAGAGGAGUCGCCGCAUUCGCUGCUGUCUCCACCGUUGGCAUUCGCCAUCAGUUUCUCCACCAUCUAUCCGGUCGAAGCCUGAGUUCUAACCAAAAUCCACCAUUACAAUUGCCUUGCAUGCAGCCAUCGUGUACAGUGCAAUGAGUAUAAUUGUCAGGGCACGUUUCUCACUUCAGUCACGAGGGUUGAACUGGUUCUACAAAACCUGGAAUGCUACGAUCAUUCAUUUAAUGUCCUGAAUUCUUCUGGUAGUUUCGUACCGCGCUUUUUCUUCAGCUCUCCUUUUUUAGAAAUUCUUGAAAUGCGUAGUUCAGGAAUUGAAAUUCUGUGAUUGUGAAACCCGUAAAUUCAUUCCAAUGCUGGCUUGGGCCUGUGUAUCAUUUGUUUGUUCAAAGUCUUUAUCAGUAAUCAUCGUUUGCUAUUUCUUCCCAGUUAAUAACAAGAUGAGUUACGAAAGUAAUACAAACCUUUCCCAUGGCGUUGUGGCUAUUAAACCCGAGCCUGGCGCUCUUGGAACCGAUGUGAAUCAACAAAACUCUCAUGGUAAUGGUGUGCAUAAUUCGGGACGGUGUCUACAAAGCCAAGAUUCAGGAGAAAAUAGAAGUUCAAUAGUUCAAAGCACUGGUCAAAGUAGCAGCAGUAGUGCAGUAGAACAGGUUCAAUCACCUGUCGACGAUCUGGGUGUUACUUCUGAAUUGGUUAUAUGUCCAGCCCCAAUUUGUCGUCAAUUCUGGAAAGCAGGAAAGUAUGAUGAUGGAUUUGGUCCAGAGGCUCGUGCUCAUCAUUCAGAUGGAAAAAAUUAUCUUCAUGUCCAUCCGAUGUUUCUUCACUCAAAUGCUACUUCACAUAAAUGGGCUUUUGGUGCCAUUGCCGAACUGCUUGACAAUGCUGUUGAUGAGAUCCAAAAUGGGGCCACUUUUGUCAUUGUAGAUAAAACCAAAAAUCCAAGGGAUGGUAUGGCAGCAUUGCUAAUACAUGAUGAUGGAGGUGGGAUGGAUCCUCAAGCAAUACGACAUUGCAUGGGUUUUGGAUUCUCAGAAAAGAAAUCAGAAUCAGCUAUAGGAAGAUAUGGAAAUGGUUUCAAGACAAGCACAAUGAGACUUGGGGCAGAUGUCAUUGUCUUCAGCCGCCAUUUAAAGAAUGAAACGUGGACACAAAGCAUUGGACUCCUUUCUUAUACAUAUCUGACACGAACUGGCCACGAUAGAAUAGUUGUUCCCAUUUUGGAUUACGAGUUUAAUAAGACAACAGGCAGAUUUGAGGUGUUGCAAGAUAUGGACCACUUUGUACCAAAUCUUGACAUUCUACUAGAAUGGUCUCCAUUUUCUACGGAAGCAGAACUUUUGAAGCAAUUUGACAGCAUUGGGCCUCAUGGGACAAUGAUAAUUAUCUAUAAUCUCUGGUUCAACAACGAUGCUAAACUGGAAUUAGAUUUCGAUUCAGAUGCUGAGGACAUUCUCAUUGAUGGAAACUUAAAAAAAGCUCAGACUGCGAAUGAACAACAUAUUGCAAACCGGUUCUCUUAUUCGCUUCGUGUUUACCUCUCCAUACUAUACCUGCGGCUUCCUGAGAAUUUCACAGUUGUGUUGCGUGGUAAAGUUGUUGAGCAUCACAACAUUGCUGAUGAUCUCAAGUAUCUGCAGUACAUUUUGUAUAAACCUCAAACUGGUGGAUGUGCAAAGGGGACAGUUGUAACGACAAUUGGAUUUCUGAAAGACGCCCCUCGAGUAAAUAUUCAUGGCUUUUGUGUUUAUCAUAAGAACCGUCUAAUAAUGCCAUUUUGGCGCGUCAUUAACUGCUCGAAUAGCCGUGGUAGAGGAGUGAUUGGUGUUUUAGAAGCUAAUUUUAUCGAGCCAACUCAUAAUAAACAGGAUUUCGAGAAAACUUCACUUCUCCAGAAGCUUGAGAACCGUCUAAAGGAAAUGACUUGGGAAUAUUGGGACUAUCAUUGCAUGUUGAUUGGAUAUCAAGCGAAGCCCCAUAUCCGGAAAUCUCAAGAUAUUCCGUCUGACAGUGGGAUGAAUAGCAGCACACAUCUAAAUAAAACUUCGGUAGGUGUUGGCGGCACACAAACAAUAACUGCUCCUCCAGGUUUCCACCAAUCUUUUACAAAAGGCAACUCAACAUCUCUCUCUAGAGCUACAGUUGAACCAGUAUUGUUGGCAAAGAGGAAACAAGUUCCUGAUUUGGUAGAAUCUGCAGUGACCAAACGACAGGCUGGAAAUACUGUCCAAUCUGUUUCACGACAAAGUCCUACUGAGCAGUCUGGUCAUACAUCUGCAAUGCAAUCAAAAGAUCCGGGAACUGUUGGCUUGAUGGAAGAGAACAAAAAGCUCCGGGCAAAAUGCUUGGAACACAUGAAGCGUAGCGAAAAACUUGAACUCAAGGCAUCUAAGCUGAGGAGUGAGAUUGGGAAGACCAACCGCGAGUACGAGAGGCUAAUGACGGAGUUUCGAGCUUUGGAUGUGGUAAAAGAGGAGCACAGAAAUGAACGUACAUAGAUAUUUAUGGUUUCUUCUGUUUCUCUUAGCUUUGAAACUUCAGCACGAAUCCCGUGUAUGGAUUACACGUCUAUAUAUUAGUCGUUUCUAUACGAAGAAAGCUUCUAGCUUUUGUUUAUGAAUCCCGAACAGGUUCUAGGGUUUGUAACCCGCAUGCUUGGGUCGGAGGUGAGAGUACAUGAAAAACUGAUAUUUUUUACCA